AUGCGCCUCGCCCACCUCCACCUCCCCAACAUAACCCCCUUCAGCCGAGUCGCCAACAUCCAACAAACACUGACAAGCCGACUCCUCUCACACAAAAAGCACCUCACGCCGAACCCCCCGGAUCCAACCAUAAUAACCUUCAGCCCGAAUCCCGUAUACACGACCGGCCGGCGCGACCUCCCUCCCUCCAACACCCUCAACAAUGCCAAUGCCAACACACUGUCCCUCCCACCCAGUCUCGAACCAAUCCGCCAGAUCCUAACCUCCCCGCAACCCAACACCGCUUAUGACCCUACCUCCCGGGUAGCGGAAUACCACCCCACCCUGCGCGGCGGACAAACGACCUACCACGGCCCCGGCCAGUUGGUCGCAUACACGAUUCUCGAUCUACGACGGCUGGGACUCACGCCGCGGUGUCAUAUACGGUUGUUGGAGAAUAGUGUGAUUGAUGUGUUGAGGGAGUAUGGGGUGAGGGGGAUGGUUACGGAGGAUCCGGGGGUUUGGGUGCAUGGGCGGAAACAACAUGGAGGGUCUGAGGGGGGGAAAGGUGAACUGCCGAAGAAGAUUACGGCGGUGGGGGUGCAUCUUAGGAGACAUAUUAGUAGUUAUGGGAUUGGGUUGAAUGUGACGGAGGAGCCGAUGUGGUGGUUUCGGCAGAUUGUGGCGUGUGGGUUGGAGGGGAGGGAGACGACGAGUUUGCAGGGGCUUGGGGGGGAGGGGAUUACGGUUGAGGAGGUGGCUGGGAGGUUUGUGGGGAAGUUUGUUGGGAGGGUGAAUGGGGAUUUUGCUUGUGGGGAGGGGGCGACGGGGGAGGGGAUUGAGGAGGUGUAUAGGGUGAGUGAGGAGGAUUUGUUGAGGGAGGGAACGGAGUGA